AUGGCACACCUUCCCACUAUCAUCUUGGACACGACAUUGAGCGAGCUAUAUAAGCAAGCCGGUCACGAUCACAGCGACACACGUACAGCACACAUCUUCUGUGGUGUCACGUCUGCCCUGGAUCUUACGCCAGAUUUUCCAAGGAAUCUGAAAUAUGUGUACCAGGAGAGCGCAUUCACGGAUCCAUCGGACAAGGAUGAGAGGUUCCGUCAAGAAAUGGCCGUGAAGCAUCUUUCGCUCGUCCCACAACGCGAUGCAUUCAUCGCAGGCAGCACGCCUGUUAUGUUCUUUCACACUUCGCGAAAUGAUGCAAAGAUGGCCCAUGAUAUCGAAGAGACUAACAAAACGCUGAGCGUCAUAUCUUCGGAUCAAAGACCCGAGCCAAUAUACUCCGCUGGACCAGGAAGUCUCCAAAAGGUUGCGCAAAGGAAUGGACUCAAGAGAAUUUCCUCGAAACUCGUCAUUGACGAUGUGGUCGAAGCUACCGAUCAUCCUGAUGGGAGUGUGGAAUGCUUAGUUGAUGCUGAUGUGCCGUGGUAUCUCAACUGCAAAGAGGCGCUCGCGAGAUCCGGCCUGCCCACACCACGCACCAAGAUCAUAGAGGUUGACCAACAUAUCGAAGACAGCAUGAUGAACACUCCGGGGUUGGACGUCAUGGCGGACCACAACGGGUUUGAUAUGGAUCGUCGGACUGCCUGGACAGACUGGCUGAGCAGUCAAAAGGAACCCAUCAUCGAAGCCGUCAGACAGCAGACCCUGCCUUUCGUCGUGAAAGGCAACCAGUGUUUCGCUGGGGCUGGGACGCACGUAUUGGAGUCAGAGUCGGAGCGCAAAGACCUUAUCCACCUGCUGGAAGCUCAACUGCUGGAGAAGCUACUGACACACAUUCACCCAUCAAAUGAACACCUCAAUCUUGGCACUAUCAUGAUCUCCGAUAUGGUCAAAGACCCAAUUGCAAACUUCGGCAUGACGUUCUUCGCGAUAAAGGCCGGCGAAGCCAUUUUCUUGGCCGCAUCUGACCAAAUGAUCGACGCAGCAAGUUCCUCAUGGUUGGGAAGUACAAUCAUCUAUUCGCGCCAGGCGGAAAUGAAGAAGCAACUCACUCCUAUCAUGAAAAAAAUCGCUGCCUGGCUAUUCGAGCAUCGAUAUAUCGGUCCCGUUGGCGCAGACAUUCUCCAGACUCAGGAAGGCGGCUACCAGAUUAUCGACCUCAACGUUCGCACAUCCGGAUCACUGUGCUUGCCAUUGAUGAAGACGCACUUCACGAGUCGAGGCUUGGACGCUGCCGGGUCGAUCUCGAUCACGGUCAAGGAGAGCAGAGGAGAAUUCAUCAAGCGUUUCAGUGAUGAGUUUAGUCAAGGACGCAUGGUCAUUGUGGUGGCGUGGUAUGAAGAGAAAGACCUGGGUCAGAGCUAUGGUGAUGUCGUAGUCGGUGCUGAGGAUAUGAAAGCUCUUAGAGAAGCGAUAGAGAGGGUCAGGAGUGUUGGUGAGGCUGUCACGUUCUAG